UCUACUUUACCCACAGGCGCAGCACUUCUCUGUCCCCUUGACAAACUCCUUCAGAGUCUGUGAAUUGAAUUGGAUUUGACGAAAUGUUUGUGAGUAGGCCUGUGGUGCACCCAGUGGAAGCGCCACCGCUGAGAGAGGGAGGCAACAAUGCUCCCAGAGUGAGGAUGAAGGACGUUCAAGGCAUGGCUGGCACGCCUGGUGGCCUUGUUCUUCGCCUCUUCCAAUUCCUUUCCGCCGUCGUUUCCCUCUGCGUUAUGGUUACCAUCUCUGAUUUCUCCUCCGUUACAGCUUUUUGCUAUCUUGUGGUGGCUGUGAGCUUGCAAAGUUUGUGGAGCCUGUCACUAGCCAUUAUGGAUAUAUAUGCCCUUUUAGUGAGACGAAGCUUGCGGAAUUCUGGAAUUAUCAGUGUGUUCACUGUUGGUGAUGGGAUCACUUCCACGCUUACAUUUUCUGCUGCAUGUGCAUCUGCUGGGAUCACCGUCCUCAUUGAAAAUGAUAUGGACAGGUGUUCCAUGAACCCCUGCACAAGGUUUGAGACUGCUACAGCUAUGGCUUUCAUCAGCUGGUUUGCUGUUUCACCAUCCUUUUUCUUGAACUUUUGGUCACUGGCUUCCGGAUAAAAAGAACUCAGAACAGAGAAUCAACCAUCAAGUACAUUUUCUUUUGAUAUCUAUACCACCUGCUUUCUUCUAUAACACAACAAACAUUGGAGAUUUGCUAGCUCCUACUUUGUAUAUAAGCUAAUUUUUCAGGAAAAAAAAAUGGUGAGGUAGUAGGUACUCAUUUGUGGGUGCUAUAAAUCUGUCCUGGCAAUAUUAAAUCUCAAGAAUAUGGAGGAGAUUAUUUGCAUGAUGACAUGACCAUCCUCAAGUUCACAACCGGUUACUAGUCCGUUCUGUGUGUAACGUCUUGGAUGUAUGCUUACAACAUAUCCCCACUCCUGUACAGAUGAUUUCUAAGUGGAGAUGCACUUUCUUUUCUUCCUAA